AUGCCACCAUACAAAAACGUCCUCCUCAUCGGCGCCGGCGGCUCCCUUGGCGCCCCCGUCCUUGCCGCCUUUGCCGCGCGCCCAGAAUACAACUUAACGAUCCUCACGCGUCACGACUCCUCUGCUACCUUUCCGUCGGGCAUCCCCGUCGUUAGGGCAAACUAUAUCUCACUCAACUCCCUUAUAUCGGCCUUCAAAGGCCAGGAUGCGAUUGUCUCUCUCAUCGGCGGGCAUGCCCUCAGCUCGCAGAACUUCUUCAUCGACGCCGCGAUACGGGCAGGCGUUAAGCGCUUCAUCCCCAGUGAAUUCGGCCCAAACUCGCGGAACGAGGAAUUCGUCAAAUAUAACGAUGUUGUGCUUCCUGUGCGUGCGGGCAUUGUCGACUACCUGAAGUACAAAGAGGGACAGGGUGAGGGAAAGCUCAGCUGGACAAGUGUAAUCUGCGGCGGCUUCUUCGACUGGAUGCUGUACAGUGGAAUGCUGGGAUUCGAUCUUAAGAGUAGAAGUGUGGAGCUUAUUGACAACGGUACAUCCGUCGGUACGUUCACCUCGCUCUCCACAGUUGGCGAAACAGUGGUGAAGAUUCUGGACCAUGCGGAUGAGACGGGUAACCAGUAUGUUUUCACAAUGUCGUUUCAGGUGUCUCCGCGCGAUGUUUUGGAGGUUAUUGAGAAGGUCGAUGGGAAGAAAUGGAGUGUUCAUUAUACUACUUGUGAGGAGGUGAUUGCGAAAGGGAGGAAGAGGUUGGAUAACGGCGAUUUUGCGGGGAUUAUGGAUUUGACGAGGGGGGCUGCAUUUGGGAGACUAGCACUUGGAGAUGAGAGUAAGAACGGAUUCUGGAACCAGCGGUUGGAAUUGGUAGACGAGGAUAUUGAGGUGGCCGUGAGAGAUGUUCUCAGAGGCCAGGGCAUGCUGAGCGAGUAG